UAAGUUCCAACGGUGAAGAAUGCGGAGGCUAAGCUUGUUCGAGCUUGGCUUCUAACUGAGAUCCCGCUUCCUCUUGGCGCGGCUUGGCAUGGCGGAGAUAUCUCUCAUGCAACGCGUCCUGGCCGUGAUAUAAAGCCAGGACAAAGAUACCUUUCAGUCAAUUCCCAGGCUCAUUCUUCACUCGGGUUCUUCCACAGCUCGAGCACAACAAUGUCUGCAGCACUCUUCCUCGGCCUCCUCGGCCUUGCUGCCCCCCUAGCGGCCGCAGCCAGUCACACCCCCGGCCUAGAAUUGGCCUACUCCCUGGAGCGAGCCACCCAAGGCAUCAGUAUCUCAGCCGAUGGCCGCAAGUUCCUCUCCCAGCGUUACUCCACCACCCUCCCUCCCCAAGCCGUCGAGCUCCUCGCCGACAACACCACGGUCCUAUACCCCAACGCGGCCUGGAACUCCUACAACUCCAGCGACCCGACCUCGGACCCGCGCAAGGCCUUCGUCAGCAUUGACGGCGCCCGCAUCGGCCCCGACGGCCGCUACUGGCUCGUCGACGGGGGUUCCACCGGGGUGAACGGCUCCACCAAGCUCGUCGGCGUCAACCUCACCACCAACGCCGUCGACAAACUCUACUACCUCGACUCCAUCAAAGCCUCCACCAGCGGCAUCGAUGACGUCCGUUUCAACGCCGCCGGCGACGUCGCCUACCUCAGUGACACCGCCGGCGCCCUCCUCGUCCUGAACAUGACCACCGGCACCGGCGUCCGCGUCCUCUCCAAUGAUUCUUCCGCCCAGGCCUACUUCCCCAUGAUGUACAACGGUACCCUAGUCCCCGGCUAUGGUGGCGCCGGCAGCACCCUCUCCGUCGGGCUCGACCAAAUCGAAGUCUCCCCUGACGGAGUGUACCUCUACUACCAGCCCUGCAAUGGCGGCUUGUACCGCAUUGAAACCGCCUACGUCGAUGCUUCCCUCACCAAUGCCACUCUCGCUGCUACAUUGGGCGACUACGCCGAACCAUUCGCUUUGACUCCUAGUACCGGUGGAACCACCAUCGACGGGGCCGGAAACAUCUACGUGAGCGAUACGAAUCUCCUAGCUAUUUGGAAGGUCACGCCUGAAGGACGCGCAACGAUCCUCAUCCAGGAUGAGGCGCUUCUCUGGACGGAUCUCAUGUGGGUGACUGCGGAUAAGAAGCUCUGGUUGCCGGCGUCGCAGAUGAGACCCGGUGGUAAUGGGUUGAUGGCUGAUGGGCCGAACUAUAUCUUUACGUAUCCGAUUGAGGCGGGGCCGUCGCCUAUUGAUCAUGCUUGA